AUGGAGUCCCCGAGGCAUACACUGAGAAUUAUCGAUGAGAGCUAUGAAUCGAAGAGCCGUUUCUACAAAAUGCUCUCAAUUUUUGCGAUUCUUUGGAAUCAUCCGCCUCUCAAGUAUCAAAGCAUUCACAGAUAUCCGGGCGAUCCAGAAGCGAAUCAUCGACCGAGAAACACCGAUGAUGAUGGUCAAGUUCUUUUGGAUCCGAAGUGUCCAAAUUGUGUCCCCGAUUCUCCGUGUCCAAGUGCUUGGGUCUACUCGUCAAAGUUGAAGCAGUGCUACAAGCGCAUUUUUGACGUCGAUUUUGCGACUGCUGAUCGAACUUGCCGCUUGAUGAACUCGCAUUUGGCCUCAAUUCAUUCCGAUGAGGAGAACGAGCUGCUUCUGGAUCUCGGAAGAGCCGGUACGACAAUGCCCGAGUGGCGACUGGUGCCCUUGAUCGGAGGAAAGAGGGUAAAACUAAGCCCUCAACGAAACAUUCACGAUUCUAGACGGGUCCCGGCAAAAACGAUUGGGAUUUGGGUGGACGGAAGCCCGUUUAACUACACCAAAUGGUCGGCCGGACAACCGGAUUUCGCCGCAAAUGUCGAGUCUUGUCUUCAGCUCUGGCCGGAUCGGAUGGCUGGCUUCGGCACGGACACCUAUCAACUCAACAAAUGGAACGACUACGUAUGCGACCUUCGCUAUCGAGUGGCGAUUUGUAAGCAGCCGGCCAAAUAU